AUGACCGAGUGUUGGUUGAUGGCACCGCACAUCACGGACCAAACAGCUCCGAACCGGCGCUGCCCAAAUGUCCCCUUCGACACGGCUGCUUUGGCAGAGUUGGGUGUCUUCUACCGUCGCUUUAGCAACACCGAACUGCAGGACCGCGCGGCGUUGAUUGAUCGUCUCAAGCAGCAGCUGCACUACGAGGGCCACGACACGGUGUGCAUUGCGCCCAAGCCGGAAGCGGGCGGUGAGGCGGCGUUCGCGGCCACCAUGGCGAAGUUCUUCGAGGAGCACAUACACGAGGACGACGAAGCGAGGCUUGUGUGGGGUGGCUCCGGCUACUUCGAUGUGCGCAACGCAGAGGACGAGUGGGUGCGGAUUUACGUUGUCAGCGGGGACUGCAUCAUCCUUCCCGCUGGCAUAUACCACCGCUUCACUGUUGAUGCCAACGCGAACACGGAAGCACUGCGUCUUUUUAAGGAGAAUCCAAAGUGGGUGGCGAUACCGCGCCCGUGCGAGGACAACCCUGUGCGCCGGCGAUACCUGCAGUUUCUCCACCGGCGCCGGUGUACAAUCCUGGGCGACGUGGGCCCCACAAUAAGCUGCAGUAUAAACAGCAACAGUAGCAAUCUUCUCGUGUCCGACCCUCACUCGCUGGAUAUGUGCCUGGACACACUGCUGCAGCAUCGCGCCGGGAAAGUGGCGUGUGUGGUGCUGUACUUCACGGGUGCUGUCCUUCCCGCAACAGGGGGGAAGUCGUGGUGUGCCGACUGCGUUGCGGCGGAGGAGGACGUCCGUGUGGCAGUGCACCUGCUGCAGGAGAAACGGAAGGAAACGUUGUUUCUGCAGUGUGAUGUGGAGCCAUCAUUCUUUGGCACAACUCACCCCUACUGCACGCACCCUGUAGUGAAACUGAAGAGUUUGCCGACCGUUAUGAUUUUGGAAGUAACGCCAGUUGUGAAUGUGUUAUCAUCAUCUGUGGCAGAAAACGAAGCCACGAAUCAUAAAGCCAAUGGAUGCUGGAAAGACCGCGUCAAUAUUGUCGUGCGCAGCGAGCAUCCGAGUGUGGCUGCCUUGACACAGUGGUAA